AUGGAGUUUACUACCAAAAGUCAACCCUUUGAUCAGCCUCAGGCUUCACUUCGAAGCCGCUUUCUCCUUCACCUACUCCUAUUCCUCCUCUUCUUUGUCUCUCCAGGCUCAAGCCAAGCUUGGGACGGUGUAGUGAUCACACAAGCUGACUACCAAGGCCUUCAAGCGGUCAAGCAAGAGUUUAUUGACCCAAGAGGCUACUUGAGAAGCUGGAACGGUUCUGGUCUAAAUGCUUGCUCUGGAGGUUGGGCAGGAAUCAAAUGUGCCCAAGGUCAAGUUAUAGUGAUUCAGCUUCCAUGGAAGUCUCUUGGAGGUAGAAUAUCUGAGAAAAUAGGACAGCUUCAAGCUCUACGUAAGCUUAGUCUCCAUGACAACAACCUAGGAGGUUCCAUCCCAAUGUCUUUAGGACUCAUUCCUAAUCUCAGAGGAGUUCAGCUUUUCAACAACCGUCUCUCCGGCUCCAUCCCUGCGUCUCUAGGUCUCUCUCGUUUCCUUCAAACGCUUGAUCUCAGCAGUAACCUUCUUACUCAAGGUAUUCCACAGAAUCUUGCUGAUUCUACUAAGCUUCUUAGGCUUAACCACAGCUUCAACUCACUCUCUGGUCAAGUCCCAGUGAGUCUCACCCGUUCUUCUUCUCUUCAGUUUCUUGCCCUUGACCACAACAACCUCUCUGGUCCAGUCUUAGACACUUGGGGUAACAACAACACUUCUCCUAGUCUCCGUGUCUUGUCUCUUGACCACAACUCUCUCACUGGUCCAUUCCCAUUUUCCCUCUGCAAGUUACUUCACCUACAAGUCUUCUCCCUUAGUCAUAACAGGAUCGGUGGAACCCUACCUUCUGAGUUAAGCAAACUUACUAAGCUUAGAACAAUUGAUAUUAGCAGUAACAUUGUCACUGGCCAGAUUCCUGAAACUCUAGGGAACAUUUCUUCUCUUACACAUCUUGAUUUGUCUCAAAACAAACUCACCGGAGAGAUUCCUGUUUCAUUGACUGGUCUCAAAAGCCUUACUUUCUUCAAUGUCUCUUACAACAACUUAUCUGGUUCUGUUCCUACUCUCUUAUCCCAAAAGUUCAGUUCCUCCUCUUUUGUCGGAAACUUGCAGCUUUGUGGAUACAGCGUUUCCACCUUGUGUCCUACUCUAAAUCCUCCUUCAUCGUCUCCUCGUAGGAGUCUGAGUACCAAAGACAUCCUCCUCAUUGCUUCUGGAGCACUCAUCAUAGUUCUUGUUAUCCUUGUAUUUGUUCUCAUCUGUUGCUUGCUGAGGAAGAAACAAGACAAAUCCAAACCUAAGGGCCUAGAGGCAGGACAAGGAGCUGCAGCUGCAAAGACGGAGAAAGGAGGAGAAGCUGAAGCUGGAGGAGGAGGAGACCCCGGAGGGAAGCUAGUUCACUUUGAUGGGCCAAUGACGUUUACUGCAGAUGAUCUUCUGUGUGCAACAGCAGAGAUUAUGGGGAAAAGUACUUAUGGAACAGUUUACAAAACUACACUUGAAGAUGGAAGUCAAGUUGCAGUGAAGAGACUGAGAGAGAAGAUCACCAAAAGUCAGAAAGAGUUCGAGAACGAGAUUAAUGUACUGGGACGCAUACGUCAUCCCAACCUUCUUGCACUUAGAGCUUAUUACUUGGGACCCAAGGGAGAGAAGCUUGUGGUCUUUGAUUACAUGCCUAGAGGCAGUCUUGCCACUUUCCUCCAUGCAAGGGGACAAGAUGUUCGUAUCAACUGGCCUACAAGGAUGAGUUUAAUAAAAGGAAUGGCUCGUGGGUUGUUCUACCUUCACACGCACGCAAAUCUCAUCCACGGAAACCUAACAUCAAACAAUGUACUUCUGGAUGAGAACAUCAACGCAAAGAUCUCAGAUUACGGUCUUUCAAGACUAAUGACAACAGCUGCAGGAUCAAGCGUGAUAGCAACAGCUGGUGCGUUAGGUUACAGAGCACCUGAGCUUUCUAAGCUGAAGAAAGCCAGCGUGAAAACCGAUGUUUAUAGCCUUGGUGUGAUCAUCUUGGAGCUUUUGACUGGCAAGUCUCCGAGCGAGGCUUUGAACGGUGUGGACUUGCUGCCUCAGUGGGUUGCUGCUGCGGUUAAAGAAGAGUCGACUAAUGAGGUUUUUGAUGUGGAGCUGUUGAAUGAUGUGAACACUGUGGGAGAUGAGAUGUUGAAUACGCUUAAACUGGCUUUGCAUUGCGUGGAUCCUGCACCGUCAGCACGACCUGAAGCUCAACAAGUUAUGACGCAACUCAGAGAGAUUAGACCUGAAGAGACGUCAGCAACAACAUCUGAACCGUUGAUUGAUGUUCCUGAAGCUUCUGCUUCCACAAGUCAAUAGAAAUGAGUGGAGAGUUUUGGUAGUGGUAGAUUUUGUUUUUGCAAUUCUUUGAUUCUUCAAGUAGUUUUGAAUUUUUAGCCAUUUUGUCUUUAGUUUGUGUUUGUAUAUUGGCUAAGCUUCCAUUUCAUCAAACAGAGUUCUCUGUGUUUGUCAAACUUGAUUGAAGAAAUUAGAAUUUGGGUUUGUAGAAGGUACUAUAGGAUAAGAGGUUCAUCAUCAAAUAGACAGAUAGAUGUAUAUUAUAUAAAGAGAAGACUGAUGAAAUCAUGAAAUACAUACAAAGUUGCCAAAUCAUUAACGCAUACACAAUUGCAUAUAAGCUUAAUCGUUUAACACUUUUAACUUAGGAAAUGUGAAAGAGUGACACAAAGAUAAAACGUUUCUGCUUUAUUAUUGUAUUUCAGAUGCUUUACAAUGAGUGUUUACAGAUGAUUUUAUAGAUGAUAAGAGAAGAAAACAAUAUAGAAUGGUUGGCUAUAUAUCUUUUUCUAGAUGUCACAACUGUAAAGAUUGGAGAAACAAUUUAGAAUGUCUUCUUUUUGCAGGUUCAAAAGUCUUGAUUUUGAUCAUUGUUGUCUUCUUCUGCUGUCUUUGACUAGGCUUUAAGUUUGGGCCUUUGUUUUCAUUUUGGGCUUUGUUUAAAGAACCUGAUGGUGGUCACUUACAGGAAGCACAAAGGGGUAAAAGAUUCAACAAUUACGGUCAAAGUUUCCAAAUUCCAAUUGGUGUGUUACCAUUUAUACAUAUAAUUUAAGAAUUAUAUAAAAGUAAUAUUGUAGAUCUUUUGGAUGGAGUUUUUGUAAUCUCUCACUCAGGUCUGACUCUAAAUUAAACCGGUCAUCUUGUAUCUUUAGAACGUGUGAAGCUCAACCACGUGUGAAGCUCAACCACAAAAUAUGUUAUUUUUCCUUUGUUGGACACACAAACAAACCUUAGUUAGUACAUAUAUAUAUGACUGGUGAGAUAACCUGUCGCAAUAAACCAUAGAUAUGGCAACCAUGUACCUAACUAUGCAUAUCAUUAUUCUAAAAUUAAACAUAUUUUAAAGAUUUAGAAAAAUGAAUAAAAAGUUACUCAAAAAAAUGAAUAAGAAAAUCAAAUCAUUAAGUUAAAUAUAUAUCUUAUAUUAUGCAAAAAAUAUUAUAUUUUAUAACAACUAAUAAAGUGCUUAACUAUAAAAAACUGUUUAAUUCAAAUCAAAUAAUUUGAUAAAUUAGCAUAAUUUUAUCAUAAUUAAAUAUAUAUAUAUAUAUUUUUUUUUUUUGAAAAGUUUACA